AUGGUUGCCAUGUCGUUCGCUAUCUUGAACACAUGGAUCGCCAUUGCUGGAACCAUGGGCCUGGUGCUCCCUUCUGGAGGCGCGGUUUCCCUUAUCUACGGCUUCAUCUUUUGCGUCCUCUGCAACUUUGCCCUCGUUAGUAGCUUGGGAGAGCUGACAGCCAUUUGGCCCACCGCCGGAGGCCAAUACCACUUCGUCUACGCGCUGUGUACCGACUCCUGGAAGAACCUCAUGAGCUUCUUGGUUGGCUGGGUCAACAUUGCUGGCUGGCUUACUUUGGUGACGACGGAAGGGUUUUUCGGCGGUAUGCUCUCCCUCUCCCUAUCUCCAUCUCCAUCUACUCUCCGCGUCCCCCGUAUCGAUAUCGAGAUCAACUUGAGGUUUUAUUUUGCUGACUUUUUCCAAACAAUAGCACAAUUCAUCUCUGCCGCAGCCGUCAUGGCUUCAGGUGGCAAAUAUCAAGCCGAGCCUUGGGCAACCUACUUGAUCUUCCUCGCCAUGCUUACAUUUGCUACCAUCCUCAAUAUAUUCGGCAACAAGAUCUUGGGCCAGUGGAAUAAUGUCGCAUUGUAUUGGUCGAUCCUCAGCGUGGUCAUUAUGUGCGUUGUCCUGUUGGCAACCUCUGAAAAGACAGAUGCGAAGACGGUAUUCACUGAGUUUCAAAACGAAACUGGAUGGCCUAAUGGCGUCGCUUGGAUAUUGGGCAUGCUUCAAUCUGCCCUUUCUCUCAUCGGCUUCGACGUUGUUCUCCACAUGACGGAAGAGAUGCCUAAUCCUAGUAGAGACGCGCCUUUGGCCUUGGUUUAUGCCAUCGGAGUUGGCGGUACCACUGGAAUAGCUGUUGCUCUUGUCGUCCUGUUCUGCCUCGUCGAUCCAGCAAUCGUUCUAGAAUCGGAGACUGGCUUGCCCAUCGUCGACAUGAUCUACCGCGCAACCGGUAGCCGAGCAGCUGCAACCGUCAUAGCCCUGAUGCUCAGCGUGUGCUUCGUAAACGGCACCAAUGGAUCAACGACGAGCGUGAGCCGAUUGCUAUACUCCAUGGCCCGAGACAAGGGCAUCUUCUUCCACGAAUUUUUCUCUCACCUCCACCCGAAAUGGAACGUACCCAUCCGCACCAUCAUGCUUUCUUUCGUCUUCAAUGUCCUCUUCGGCCUGCUCUAUCUCGGCCCAGCAGUUGCCUUCAAUGCCUACAUUUCCUCCUGUACCAUCUUCCUUAAUGUAUCAUACGCCUUCCCCGUCAUCAUGGUACUCAUCAGAGGCAGGAAGGUUCUCGACCGGUUUCAGACUGCCGAGACACCGUUCAAACUCGGAAAAAUCCGUGGACUUAUCCUCAACUGGAUAUCUGCCACAUAUGUCGUCUUCAUAUCUAUUUUCUUGUGUUUCCCUCCUGGCCUUCCGGUUUCUGCCAAUCUCAUGAACUACGUAACUGCCGUUAUCGGAAUAUUUGCCGUGUUUAUCACGAUAUAUUGGGUAGUAUAUGGCAAGACAUUCCAAGGACCUCAUUUCGACGAAAUCAUAGGUCAAAACAUGGCAGACCAGGGUAUGGUUGUACAGGGAGAUUUGAAAAAGGACCAUUCGAGCAAAGCGAGCAAGGAGGAAUUGGAGCAUGCCCAUGGCGCCUGA